AUGGCGCCUCCUCGAGCCCCUCGCAUCAUGAACUCGCAGCCUGCACGCGAAACCCGCAACUCCGUCGCUGGAACGAAGACUUCGCGCGGCGGCGGCAUCCAAAAGCGUCGAGGUGGCAGAACUCAAGUCGACAGGGAUGGAGACCUUGACAUGGGAAGCGCCGUUGGGGGAAAUGGGACACGUCGACCAAACAACAGAGCAGCCUCCGCUGACACGAACAACUCGCGACCUCAGCGACCAACGCGGGGUGGCGGGCCCCCAACCAAGCCAGGCUCGAAAGUACACCAAGCGAUUGCUCGGCACCUAGACACCGGCGAUGGAAACGAUCUGGUAUCGAGGAGGAAGCCACAGAGCUCUGGUCUCGUGUGGCUGACCGUCAAGGGUCUGAAGGAGAGCAAGGCCGCAAGCAAUGACGACGGUGGCCUGAGGGACCUGCUGAUGUUUCUCGAACGGAAAGCCACCACUCUGUCCGGCCGCAACAAAACGGUGCACAUUAAGAAGUCAAGUAUGAGAGGGGACUUGGUCAACGUUGCGGCAAGCCAAGAAGAUGCGGAGGAGAUUCUCAAAGUCAACACCUUCACUUUCGCGGGAACGCAAUUGGAGAUCACUGACAGUGACGGAUCGAUUGCCAAGGCAAACGAAGCAUCUGCCGCAGCUCAGGAGACGAAACAGAAAUUGCAAAGCAUCAUGUCGCUCCGCUACGACAUGGAAAACAAGCUUCUGAGGCUAGACUCCCUGUACCAAGACGAGGGCCUGAUCCAGAUGGGAAUAUUAGAGUCCAAGGACAGAGCCGAAAAGCUUUUCAAGGUCAUGAUGAGGAUUUGCGACGAGCUCUUCAAGACGGCUCAAGCGAAGAUUGAUGCCAUCCACAGCAUCAGCCUGGCAAACAACAAUAUUGAUACCGUCGCGCAAGUCGAAGAGAUGGCGGAUACGUUCCCGGACCUCAAGAACCUCGACCUGAGUGGGAAUCAGAUUGCGUCCGUCACAGGGCUGUCAAGAUGGCGACAGAAGCUUAAGAAGCUGGAAACUCUGUACCUAACGGGGAACCCGCUCAACAUCGCGGACCCGAAGGUGGUGCUCGAGCUGUUGCACUUCUUCCCUAAGCUGCAAGUCUUGAACGGUGAGCAACUGACACCGGAACGGAUUGCGGAGAUCAAAGCAGCAGGUCGGCCAAAGCCGAUUCCCCAACGUGGACCCGAUUUCCGCGACGUUGCGGGCAUUGGAGAGGCGUUCCUGCUGGAGUUCUUCCUCGGCUUUGACACGGACCGCACGGGUCUCCUGGCCAAAUAUUACGACGACAACAGUCAGUUCUCUCUGGCGGUCGACACUUACUCCAUUAGGGAUCCAAGCUUGCCACAGCCGAUGCCCUGGGCUUCAUACAUCAAGCAAUCUCGGAACCUCAUGAAAAUCACGACACCAGCCGCCCGAGCUGCAAGAUUGAUUACGGGAAGAGAGGCCAUCUGGAACCUCUGGAACGACCUCCCGAAAACACAGCACCCGGACAUCAAGGUGGACAUCAGCAAGUAUAUUAUGGAUUGCCACCUUCUGCCCGGUCUCGCCGACCCGACUGGCCAGACACCCGGCGGUGUGGACGGCAUGAUCAUAUCUGUGCAUGGUCAAUUCGAAGAAUGCGACAAGGACGGCAAGACGGGUCUCCGGAGCUUCUCUCGCACGUUUGUUUUGGGACCUGGACGACCCAACAGCAACCCCAUCCGCGUCGUUAGCGAUAUGCUGUCCCUCAGAGCCUUCAACCCGCUCCCUAAUGUCUUCGUUGCCGAGGCACAAGCCCCGCCGGCCCAGGAACAAGAACAACGCCAGGCCAUGAUUGUCGAACUAUCGAAGCAAACCACAAUGACACACGCGUACUCGGAAAUGUGCUUGUCAGACGUCGCUUGGGACUUCACCAGGGCAUUGGCAGUCUUCCACGAGAAAAAGGCCCAAUUACCAGCCGAAGCCUUCGUCAGCGUCUAG